AGUCAUUUGCUCAAGAAUGACGCCUGCUCCAUGGUACUGAACCUCACCGAGGGCAGCGUCUUUCGGAGGUGAUCUACAUAUUCACAGUCGGUGGGCCCAUGGCGCCUCGUGCCACGUACCUUAUCCUGGCGGCUUCUGCACUCGAUCUUUCCCACGCACUUCUUGGACGAGGUCGUCAUAAGAGUGAACAUCGUGAGCAUGAGACCCGUAGUAGGAAGACACCAGAUCCCGACGUCGUGAUUAGCGAGGGUGCGAAGAAGCUGGAGUACCAGGUCCGCCUGGGGGCGAGCGACAUGAAGUGGCCGGAGGGCAGCUUCAUGUCGUGCCUGGCGAGCAGGAGCCGGGAGGAGAACAAGACGUACCAGAUGCAGCAGUGCCUGGCCUUGAACCAGGACCGACCCGUCCUUGCUCCCGCAGUGGACCCCGUCCUGGCCCUCGCCGCUGCCCGGGCGGGUCUAUGGCAGUAGCGUUACGGCUAGGGCGCCCUCGCCAUCGAUACAUCGUUCGGUCUCUUCACUGCGGCGGGGAAAAGCCCGCCUCCGCGCGGCCCGGCCCGCCUGGCUCUCCUCCUCAAGCGGUCGCCCCAGCCGUGUAGGCGGGCCCAUGGAGUGCCGAGAGGUACGAUAGCAGUACGU